AUGUGUCUACACGUCUCCGUAGCAAUCCUCAGCGGGCAGAGUGUCUUCGUGGAAAUGGAGCCGGGAAGCUCCGUCGAAGAUCUCCGCAAAGCUGCAGAAUCCCAGCUCCAGACUUCCCUAGGGAUUCUGGUUCAGCCAGGUGGUGCGGAGUUUCUGCGAGGGACGAGCACUCUGCAAGACGCUGGUAUUCAGGAUGGCGAUGUUGUGGGAGCAUUUAUGGCAAAGCCCAAGCUUCAGCUACACGCAAACCGACUGUCGCAUGCUAUCUGCGCCAUCCAGAAGGACGGCUCAGUCAUUGCAUGGGGCGAUGAAGACAGUGGUGGAGACAGCAGUGAUGUCCAAGAUGAACUUGUGAACGUUUGGGAUGUGAAGAUGACAGCACGAGCUUGUGCAGCACUUCGGCGUGAUGGCACCGUGGUCAGUUGGGGCUGCGAAGAUCUGGGUGGUGACAGCGAUGCAGUCCAGGAGGAGUUACAGAACGUUCAGAAGGUCUUCAGCACAGCUGGAGCAUUCGCUGCUAUCCGUGUCGAUGGUGCCGUCAUCGCUUGGGGCGACGAGGACUGGGGUGGCGACUGCACUGAGGUGCAAGAGGAUCUGAAUAAUGUCAUCCACAUCUGUGGCUCUGGCGCUGCUUUUGCUGCCCUCACGGCCCACGGCUCCGUGAUCACCUGGGGCUCGGCCUGUCACGGGGGCGACAGCCGAAAUGUCUCAGCGCAGCUUCAAGAUGUGCAGAGCAUUUGUGCCACCUCAGCAGCUUUCGCAGCCAUUACAGGCAGUGGUGACGUUGUGGUCUGGGGGGAUCCACUGUUCGGUGGCGAUGCCAGCAAAGUCUCAGCAGAGUUGGUUGGCGUUCGGAGCCUCCAGGCGACUGCCGGUGCCUUUGCGGCCGUCAAGUCCGACGGUAGCGUCGUUUGCUGGGGUCUGCCAGAGCUUGGUGGAUCUGCAACGGAUCUUACCAGUCGGAUCCAGCAUGCCAAAGCAAUCAUCCCUUCCGGCAGCGCAUUCGCAGCAAUCACGAAAGAAGGCGAAGUUAUCUGCUGGGGAGAUCCAGAACGCGGCGGUGACAGUACCGCAGUGCGCGAGCAGCUCGUGAACGUGGAGGAGGUCGCGGCGACCGAAAACGCCUUUGCUGCCAUCAAGGAGGACGGAAGCGUCGUCAGCUGGGGGCAAAGCGAUGCAGGGGGCGACAGUCGCGAUGUGCAAGAACGCCUCUUGAUGGUCAAGCAGAUUGUUGGCUCCACGGGCGCUUUUGCUGCUCUGACAGCGGCGGGACAGCUAGUGACAUGGGGCCACGAGAGUUUCGGUGGCGACAGCAGCCAAGUCCAAGCCGAGCUUGGUGGCUGA